AUAUAUGUCCACCAGCCCAGAGCUGGGGAGGAGGGGCAGGAGGUAGGUCAGGUCCCCGGGCUCCAGUCACACUCAGUGUGGCCGCUGCACACCAUGCACAUCACCCACCUCAACCGGGAGUGUCUGCUGCACCUCUUCUCCUUCUUGGACAAGGACAGCAGGAAGAACCUCGCCAGGACCUGCCUCCAGCUCCAGGAUGUGUUUCAGGACCCUGCACUCUGGCCCCUGUUGCACUUUCGGUCCCUCAUUGAACUCAAGAAGGACAACUUCUUCCUGAGCCCCGCGCUCAGAAGCCUCUCCAUCUGCUGGUACUCCAGCCGCGUGCAGGUGUGCAGCAUUGAGGACUGGCUCAAGAGCGCCUUCCAGAGGAGCGUCUGCAGCCGGCACGAGAGCCUGGUCAAUGAUUUCCUCCUCCAGGUGUGCGACAGGUGCCCUAAUCUGGCAACCGUCACGCUGUCCGGCUGCGGCCACGUGACCGACGACUGCCUGGCGCGCCUGCUACGCUGCUGCCCGCGCCUGCGCGCGCUGCGCCUGGAGAACUGCGCGCGCGUCACCAAUCGCACGCUGGCAGCCGUGGCGGCGCACGGAGUUGCGCUGCAGACGCUGCACGUGGACUUCUGCCGCAACGUGAGCGCGGCCGGCCUGCGCCGCCUGCGCGCCGCUUGCCCGCGCCUGGCCCUGCACGCAGAGCACAGCGCGGCCAUGAUCCCCGACCAGCCGCCGCGCAGCCCUUCGCAAGCUGCUACCGCUCUAGGCCCGGGCGACGGGAGGAACACCUGGCGUGGCGUUCCAGGCCGAAGCAGCAGCCUGGCUGCGAACCCUAACUCCAACAACUCCCAGGCUGUCGCCACAUCUUAUGAGCGUCGGUUUCCCCGUCUGCAGAAUGGGGAUCCUUAAAGCCUACCUCACAUUACUAUUUUAUACAUACGACGAAUGCGCGAUUAAACGACCGGAUGGAUGCUUGGAAAACACUUCGGUGGUUCUAGCUAACUAAACAGCAACUUUCUCUGCGGGUCCGCCUCCAUGAGGGAGCAGAAGGCGCUUACCCCAUCCACGGGGACUGCGAUUGCCACCAGGGGUAUCUAAGCCCAUCUUGCCGGGGCACUCGGGGCGUAUGACCCCAGCGGUCGACCAUUAGCUCCCGCAGUGCUGUUUGGGGCCCGGGGCGCGAUCACAGGUUCCCUUCGUAAAGUGGCCUCUGUCGGAGCUGCGAGGGGAGGAGCCCGGGUCACCGCAGGUCGCCUUGGACCCCGCCACCCCGAGAGGAGGCUCCCAGCGUGGCCUGGCGGCAGACGCCAAGGGGCCCCCGCCUCCGGUGCCCACCUGUAGCUUUACUCCACGUCCACACCAGCCUGCUCCUUUCCUCGGGCAGAUGCAUUGCUAGGAGUGAUUGCAUACGCCCUAUAGAAAAUUAUUUUUUGAUUUGUAAACUGCAUCGCUAUCCUUUUGCAUAUAGAAGAAAAUCAUUUUAAAAACCCAAAGUAUAUUUGAAAACAAAAGCAGCAGGCUCAGUUAAAUCCUUUGAUAAUGAAACCAUAAUAAACUGAUACGAAGUUAGAAUUUUUACCUGCUGGAUAUCCUGAAAGUGUGCACAUGCCAGGACUUCAAAUCAGGGCCUUAAUCACUGAUGUCUCACUUUUAGCCACCAAAGUAAAAGCUCUGCUACUCAGCCUCCUGGUCCCAGGUACAUGGGGAAAUCGGGGAAAUCUUUGGGACUGUGGAGUGGUGGGCUAUACCCACCCUCCAGCUCCACCCAUCACCAGCUGUAACCAAGGCCCUUUACCUACCUGGGGUCAGGUGUUCAUCUUUGUGAAAAGGACUCUUUAUCCCUAUUCACGGGUUCCAAAUGCUGGGAAAACAGUGAGGAAAAAGGACAAAUUCUGUUCUCAUGGAGCUUAUGUUCUGGGGCGGGUGAAGAGGUAGUAACUGGUAUAUAAGAAGGUAAUAAGUACUGGGAGGAAAGUACAGAGUAGGGGGCUCUGGGAGUUGCUGGCAAGAGUUGAGGAAGGGGGAAACAACUUAAAAUGGGUUAACCAAUGUAAGCCUCAUUGAGGAGGUGGCCUUUAAUAUAUGAAAGGAGGGAGGCCGAUGAACAGCCUUCCAUGGGGAGGAAAAUAUUCCAGGCAGAGGAGAUAGCCAGGGCAAAGGCCCCAGGCUAGGAGCAUGGCUGGUGUUAGGGGAAUAGAGAGGGGGUCCGUGUGGCUGAAGCAGAGUGAAUGCAGAGCUGAAGAUGCCCAGCCCAGCCUGCCCCUAGCAGGGAUGAUAUACAAGUACGGCCCAGAGGCCUUAAGUUUUUCUAGGCAGAACCUGUGGGCAGACAAGCAGCGCUCCACCCCACCCCACCCCACGCCUCCAGGGACUGCUGAAGGCCUCAGUUGCUGGCCAGCAGGCCCCUUCACUGAGCCCCAGCCCAAAGUAAUCCCUUUUCAUUCCAGUGUGGGGACAACCAGCCUCUUCAGGCCACCAGCGGCAGUGGAAUAAGACCGCCCACCGCUAGCCUAAGAGAUGCAGGCUUCCAGUUUACCCACCAUUGUUCUGGACUCUGGAGAGAAGCCCGGUGGGAAUUGUACUUUUCUCCCCCUAUCGUGAACAAUGUUGAAAGCAAGCCCAGGCUUCCUGGGGGUUAAAUGUUUGUUUAAAACAGAGCCACUUAAACCCCAGGGCUUUGCUUUCACCAUCUCUGAUAAGCCCCAGUUCCCAGCAGGCCCUGAUGCCUAAAUUGGUUUAGUUUCUGGCUCUCCUCUGACAGAGUGCAGGUCAGGCCUCUCCAAACCUCAGCUUUCUUAUCUGUGUAUGGGGAUAGCUAGAGAAUCUUGCUUCCAGGGUUCUUGUAAGGAUUCUGAGAUUGGAAAGCACAGGUCACUGCAAGGUCAGCUUCAGUGGGGUGACCUGCAUCCCCGAGGCCCACUUUCCCAUGGAAGCUCUUCAAGUUUGCUGACUCAUCCUUCCAUAUCUAGUAACCCCUGUAUACUGUACAGGGCUGUGCUGACACUUGUGUCCAACUUUGUUUCUUGGGCUCAUUUGGCCCCACCCCUCCAGGGGAGCUUCGGGUCCCUGAGACAAGGGCCAGGAGAGGUACUCCCAGAGGUGGACACCGACAGAUGCUCAAGGCUCUCCACAAUGCCCUGGAAAGUCACUGUUCCUGCCACCAGGCACUAAGCAAGCACCUGAUGAAACACAGUGCCCUGCUUAAUCUAAGAACAACCUUCAAAUUCUUCUCUCUUGUAUAGAACACGGUGCACUGCCUACUUAACUAAUCCACUGACUCAUUUGUCCAAUUAACAUUUAACUGGGUGUGGCCACGUGCUGAGCCUGGCCCUCCCCACUGGACACCCUCCAGUCAGAACCUCACAGCUGAGGAGUCCUUACUUAGGUGUUCUCCCAGCUCUGCUGCCCAUAACUGCUGACAAGUUAUGAACUCUCUGAGCCACCAUUUCUUUUUCUGUAAACUAUGACCAGUACCUUCUCUGUGACACCAUGAUGAAGUUAUAUCUAUAGUGCCUGGAGGUAGGGGCAGGGAAAGGAGUCUUCAUAUAUGUAGGGGGCUGGAAAAGCCAAGUGCCUGGCAGAAGCCAUGAGGCCCAGGCACUGGGAAGAAGUAAGCUGGGUCAGCACAGGGGUGAACACCUGAUGGGGGACAGAGCCUUUGAGCACAGCUUGGAAGACUGACCUGAGCUCCCCAGGUUCCAGUCCAGCGGGCACAGUCAGCAAAGGCCGAGUUAGGAAGCCCAAGGCGCAUCCAGAGGGGGUGGGGGAUGGGAGCCUGUGUUCCCGAGUCACCUGGAUAUGGAUGGCUUGGGGGUUAUCUGUGCCCUCAUAGCCUUCACUACAACACACCACAGGCUUUCACCAGCUCCUAACUCUUUUCACUUUAAGUCUGGCCAAAGCAGCCAAUGGCCACACAGAGGAAAAGUUAGGGAGAGGGUGCAGAGCCUCAAACAAGGCAGGACAGUGCCCCGUGAAGAGCAACACGUGCUGCUGGCUGGUCUGUACAGGUACCUCAGUGCCAAAGGAGGCUGGGGCCACAUGCUGCUAGGCCAGGGGCUCCUGACUGCUCCCUGGGAGGCAGAGCCUGCUGGCGGGAGGUGCCCUGAGGAUUGUCUAUAAGGACACACUGGCCUAUUUUUGCACAGGCAGAAUGUCUGGAGGGGAGUGACUGAGCCCCUUGGCUCCAUCAUCAGCAAGCUGAGGGGAAGCUGAUCCAGCACUCUUUCUCUCCGGGCCUUGGGUUCUUGGUCUGUAAAGGGUAGAAAUUGUCUGACCCCUUCCCUCUGGAACUCCUCGAGCUCUAGGAUUCCACACCCAAGACUUGCUUCCUGGUGAAAACCACGCUCACCAGAUGCAGGUUUCAUGGCCAGCAGUCCUGAGCAACAGCCACAAAGCUGGGAGGCCCAGAACAAAACGGCACCUUCAACGGUCUCUGGGGAAAUCUUCAAUUUUAAAGGCUGCAGCUCAAAUUCUCUCAAGACUGACUGUUCAAGGGUCAUAAAACUGCAAGCAUUUGUUAUCUGAAUGAGUCCAACAAACAAAAAUACUGCCCAAGCUUCCACAGGGGCCAAAAGUGAACUUAGGAAAGUAAACACCAGCACUAGGCCCACUGCAGCUCUUCAGAUCAGAGACCCACAGGUCUCUCUCCCAGACCUUCCAAAAGUUGAGUACAAAGAUGACGGGUUUCUAGCAAAGAAACAGCAUAUGACCCAAGGCAUCUGUGCAGGUUCUCCUCGCAGGGUCAGGCCUCCUGAGAAGCCAUCAAUCAGGCCUGACAGCAGGACCUGGAACUGUGAGCAUCAGCCUGCUGAGGGUGCCCCUGCCCCUCAGUCCAGCCCAAACUCUGGCGGCAGAGGCCAGAGCCUCACAAAGAUCAAGGCAUUAUUUUGAUUUAAAAUCACCUCUUGAGACUGCAGGUGUAUCCUUCAGCUCGGCACAUCCUCGGUGCAGCCCAGCAAGAGUGAAGAGCCACUUGUUACCAGGAACCCGCCCAGAAGGCCCUAAUACACCCUCUCAGCUGUACUGUCCAGGAUUUCAGCAGCACACACUUCUCUUCCAAGGGAAGUUCCUCCUGGCCCAGAGGCUUGGCCCAUCCCUGGAGCAGGUGCUGCCUGCCCAGAGCCCUUCACUGCUCCUACUGACUGAGCUCUCAUGUCAAGUAUUAAAGGCUUGUCUCUGCCCAGACUCCCUGGGGUUACCCAGAAGCUCCCUGAGGGAGAGGUGUCUCCCUCCAAUUCCAACUGUAGCCUCUUUUCAAUAAAACUAAGUUACCAUCAUACAAAAUACUGUUAGACACUCACACUGGGAAAGAUCCAUGUACCACAUCAUCUUACCCAACAAAACCGUAAUUUUCUUCCAACUUCUCUUUGAAAACACACAACUUCUACUUUCUUGUAGAAAACAACUGUCUGCAAGGCUGUCUGGCACCUCAUUUGAGCAGGCAGUCAGCCUUGACCUUAUUCAUGAAGUACAUUGGAAGCAGCUUGUACAUGAACUUCUGGAUGAAGGAGACGAGCCACCCAAAGGCCCUGCCCUCCUUACUCACUCCCAGCAGUCCCAGCCUUCACAGCUCCUCUUAAAACAGGCCCUUUCUCAUCCUGACAUGAACAAAGAAGCACGUCUCCCAGGGGCCUCAAGGGCUGGGUUCAAGCAACAGGGGUGUAAUGCCUUCCUUCCCCAGCCCUCUGCACACCUCCCUGCCACCCGUCACUUAAGGAAAUGAAAGCCACUCGUUACUUCUCAAACUAAUUCACACAUUCAUUCACUCAUUCUCGCAGGUACUCAUUCAUGAGUGCUGAGUACCUACUAGUAAUGGCUGUCCUUUCUGUACACCUUCCACUUGGCCAUCCUUCCUGCAGAGACAGCCUGUUACUGUAACCUGCCCUGCUGUUUCCUUCUAUCAUCACUCUUCACAGAAAAGGUCAGAACCACAUCACUUUGGUUAGCUUCCUCCUCGCCUAGUAGAGCUGCACCUCAUACUAGUAUCCUGGGGCUAUUCAAGAAAGGCUUCCAUUAGUAUAUUACACCUUAAGCCAGCUGGGCAGGCAGAAAGGGUGCUGCUGAGAGGAUGGACCCAGUGGCUGACACAAGGGCCCUGGAGUGAGGAAGCAAAGUGAGAGACCCAGGAUGUGAGAGCAGAACAGUAAGAAUAGGGGCUUACCAGCCCCCGAGGCUGCCAUACCACAUGGCCCUCUGCUAUGGCACUUCCAGGCGAAGCCCACUCAGUGUGAAGGAAUGUUUCUGGUGGGUCAAAAAGCUGUCAGAGUGAGGCUGGCCUGCGAGCCUGCUCUUCCUCAGUCGGAAGCUCCACUGGAGGUUAACAAAAGCAGCCUGUAUUCUGAUUCUUGAGUCAGCUUUAUUUCUCUGCUUAAGGAACCCUGCACAGGCAAUUCAAAUUAAAACAAAAUAAAUAUAUGAAUAUUCAUGUAAAACUGUUCUUUCUAAUGAACAAUUAUACACAAUGUACAAUUUCAUGUUCACUGGGUGGGUUUACAAAAAUGUACCAUUCCCAACUAAAAA